UUUUACCAAUCUGUCUCAUACGGCAUCAAAAUAUAUUACUCAAUUAUACUGGUUGAAUUAUAAUUUUGUAACCUAUAAGUAAUAAUACAUAUACAUGAAAGAAAGAACGGAUUAUUGAGAAUUGCUAUUAUGCAAGUUAAAACAUGGCUGGUAACUAUAAGAAUUUUAUGAAAUUAUUAGAAUCUUGGCCAUUAGAUAAAUCAAAACCUGGCAGAGAUUUAAGUCAACAUAUUCGUGAUCAAGUGAAACUUAUCUUCUCAAAAGGUGAUAUUACUACUCCAAUAGAUCAAGAACAGUGUGACCGAUAUUACGCAAGUUUGAAAAGGAUAAGUUCAAAUCAUUAUGGACAAAUGUAUAAACGUAGUCUUACAAGUACUGCAAGUGGCUUAACAGUAGAGCAAUGUAAUAUUGCACUAAGUCCAGAGAUGAAAGAAUACUUGGAAGAAGAAAAUAAAUUUUUUCUUAAGAGGCUUAUAAACAAAAUACGAAAUAUACGUAAGAAUGCUUAAAUUUAAAAUUAAUUUAUUAUAUUUACAAGCUUUUUGUAUCAACAAACUAUAUCAUGAAACAAGAGUACAGUUUCAUCAUCUAUCAAAAAUUAAUAUACAAUAUGUAAUAAACAAAAGAUAUUUUAGUCAACAACAAGAUAUACAGGAACAAGAUGUAAUUAAAAAUAAUAAUAUACAUGUACCUGCAAUGAUCAAAGAAGUUUUACAAUAUUUACAACCAUCUCCAGCGAUAACUGCAUCUGCCAAAGCUAUUGCACCUGAUCCACCGUCAGCCCAAUGAGUGCAAAUCACUGUGUCUGCUGCACCACUCUCCAAUGCCACUUCUUUGAUGAGCUGUAGUUCAGCUUCUGUAUCAGUGCUAGUAGAAUAAUAAAUAUUUAUUUUGGUUGCAAUAGGAAAAA